GAUAACGGUAUAGGCAGAAUUAGACGUUGUUUUUGUGAUUUUUGUGCUAUGAGCAAAUGAUAUGCUAAAUGACUGAUAAACGAGCAUCAAGUACAUGUAACAUAGGUGAUAAUGUGGUCCACUUUUUAACAAUUGAACAGGAGAUACCGAUAAAUAUGUGAGAAUACCCGGAACUCAUAUAUAAUUAUCUAAAGCAAGGAUUUAUAAAAAAAUAUAUGAUUGAAUGUGAAUAAGAUAUUCUAUUAUAGAUACAUAUACACGCACACGUGCUACUUAGCUAAAGUUGGAUUAAAAAUUCUUAAAGCGGAGAUCAUGGAGUCGUCAGAAAUACCGUUGGACGGUACACGAAAGAACUCAUUGAUAGAGACAAUCAGACAGUCUCAUGUACCUGCAAGAAAGGACUCGGUCGCACCAUUGUCGUUAAUAUCUAUAGAAACCCCGAGACAUUGCGCAUCGGAUCCAGCAACUCCUGAGAGGGGCGAGGACCAUGAUAGGUCCCGCAGACUGAGCAGACGUCUGAGUUUAAGACCCCCGCCAAAUGUCUACAGGACGCAGCGCGAGAGUUCGAAGAGUCCCAGGUCGAGCCUUCCCCGCGGUCCGCACAGUGGUACCGCCGAGAAACACAAUGUAAAGUGUGAAUGUGGACGCGUUAUUCAAAUUGUUUGCAGCAAAGGCAGUACAGUUCCUGCAAUAACUGUUUCAGGCGUAGAAGUUACAAGCAUCAAACAAGUGACGGGUACAGACAUGCCACCUCAAAACAAUGAAACAGUUUCACAAAUCGAAGAGAAACAAAAGAGAAAGACGUCGGUUCAAGACGCUAUUGGUAGGAUGCAAACAUUGCCAGAUGAUUUUGACACUGCGCUCAAAUUUUGUAAGGAAAUCGGUAGCAUAGAUGACCAAGAUUCCUUAGAAAUAGUAUUAUCCAGACAAAAGGCUAUCAAAACCUUACUUGAUGCGAUGAAGAGAUUUCCGAAGAGUAAGGAAAUUCAACUGGAGGCUUGUAAAUCGUUGUUAAAACAAGUUCAAAACUCAGAGGCAAGUCUUCAUUACUUGUCAGAACAUGAUGGAAUGAAACUGCUGCAUGGAAUAGUAAAAUCCUUUCCAGAGGACACAGACAUUCUUGCAGUGAUAUUAGAUGUCUUUGGAUUCUAUUCUUUUCAAGAUGAAUGGAGAGACCUACUGACAGAGAGCGUUAAUCCUUCAGAUUUCCUCACCACGAUGGCACGUCACGAAAAUGACGUCACAAUUAUCGAAAAAUGUUGCGUUGUUGUCGGCAAUCUAGUUCUAUCAGGUGACAUUGCGAGAUCUUUGAUGUAUGUUGGGGGAGUGCACAGUAUUAUUUCCAUGAUGACAAAGUACAAUAAAAACACCGACAUUCUUAAACAUUGUUGUACGGCACUCGGGACAUUCGCCUCCCACGAUGACACGUGCCAAGCGGUUUCGGAAGCUGGAGCCACGUGUGCUAUCAUGACAGUUAUGACGACAUUUUCGGACAACGCGGCGUUGCAAGAAGGUUGUUGUUGGGCACUAGCCAGCCUGUCACGGUCAGAUUGUGCGUGUAUGGAACUGAUGUCAAAAGACGCUUUCAAUAUGCUGCUGAAAACAAUGACGUCAUUUCCGCACGUGGAAUGUAUUCAGGAAUACGGAUGCUGGGCUUUAUGCAAUCUUGUAGUAUUAGCGUCUCGUUUAAGUGAUGAAGACAGUCAGAAAGCCGUAGAGAUCUUACUGGGCUGUUGCAGUAUAUUUACAAAUAAUGUGGAAUUGCUGGAACACAUCUGUUACGCCAUCAACACUUUCGUGUCUUACAAAGAAUGCGUACAUGAGACUGUUAUCCGACUGAAUGGUGUAACAACGUUGAUUGAAUUAAUGAGGACAUACGAGGAAAAUAUUGACAUACAACUAAACAGUUGUAAAACUAUAGGAAACAUUAGUGUGAACGUAAACUUCCGGAAGUAUGCCGAAGACAUGGGAGCUUCAGAGGCCAUCAUUGCCUGCAUGUUGAAGAUUGAACGAAAUUUAAGUGUCCAGAACACUGGCUGUAUGGCACUGACGAAUCUGUCAGCAAAUGUUCCAGAUAACAAGUUCCGGAUCUUGAAGAAUGGAGGUGUUCAUGCAGUAUUACAGGCUAUGACAAACAACAGAGAAGAUGAACCGUUGCAGCUGAAUGCUCUCAAAUUACUCUGUAAUCUUAUUGAAUCUG